GAACCCAACACAACUCUACCGCGGUUGUGGUGAGAGAGACCUGACUGACUGCAUCCACGCUUGUGACCGUGAACUGAAAUUACCUAAACUGAGUUUCUUUCCGAGCCUUUGUUUCUUUAAAGCGCUCUCUUCUGUUAGUGUGCUAAAGAAUCUAUUGUAAUCGAGGACACGCGCGACGUGGAACCACUAGAAACAUGAGCAAAGUCCAAGGCGGGAUGAAAUGUGUGAAAUACCUCCUUUUCGUUUUUAACUUCAUAUUCUGGCUGUCCGGCUCGCUGGUGGUGGCCGUGGGCCUGUGGCUGCGCUUCGACCCGGACACCAUCUCGCUCCUGAACGGAGAUGACGCCCCAGACACCUACUUCAUUGCCGUGUACAUCCUCAUCGUUGCUGGAGGGGUCAUGAUGCUGGUGGGAUUCUUUGGUUGCUGUGGGGCUGUGCGGGAGUCACAAUGUCUUCUAGGAUUGUUCUUCGCCUGUUUAAUGAUCAUCUUUGGGGCGGAGGUGGCCGCAGGAGUCUUUGGAUUCUUGAACAAAGACACGAUCAUUAAUGAGGUUGAGGGCUUCUACCUGAGCUCUCUGCAGGAUAAUUUGACCAAUGGCACCAACGUCGCCACCCUGUACCACACUGUUCUGCAGUGCUGUGGAGGCACCGAACCCAACCCGACCCUGUGUCCAGACGCCGAGACUGAGAAUUGUGUGGAGGCCAUCGAUGAGUAUUUCAAUGAAAAGCUCUUCAUCAUCGGAUAUGUGGGGAUUGGUAUCGCAGGGGUUAUGAUUAUUGGGAUGAUCUUCAGUAUGGUUCUGUGUUGUGCCAUCCGAAACAACAGAGAAGUCAUUUAAUCCCCUCAGUUAACUACCCCCCCCCCAACUCCCUCACCUCCCCCAAAUCUCCCAUUCCCGUCCCCAGCCUCAGCUCAGUUAAGCUGUCCCAACCUCUGCAUUUGUGGUGGGAUGGGUCACUCCAUUUGGACUUUGACGUUUGGGGGGGUGGGGGUGGUUGUUCUUUCAUAGGGACACAUAGCACAAAAAAACACUCCAAAAACAUCCAUAUUUGUCCAAUUGGGGUUUAUUUCAGUGGUGUGUGCGGGGUCUGAUGACAUCAUUCGUAGGAGAAGCAGUGGUUUCCCUCAAAGCUGGACUGGACCUGCACUGACUUGCCCCUACCCAUUUGAAAAGUAAUUCCCCCGGCUGGCAUAUUGCUUUUGUUUGCACAUCACACAUACCUGCUCAGUCCUCACCCCUCCUCCACACACACAUAGCCCGCCUGCCAUAUUUGUGUAGACAGAGGUGCACACUGUACUGUGCAUACAGCUGAGGCUCGGAUGGUGAGAGUCUUCAUAAAGUCCGCUUUGUCUUCUUGACCACACAGAGGUACGAUUCACACACCAGUAAACCUAACACAAUCUGACUCAGUGUAGACCAGACCAGGGCCUCUCAAAUCCUCCCCACUCUGCAUGCGAUCCAUCUGUCUCUGCUCAGCAUACCUGCCUAAGCUUGUCAGAGAAACACACGAUGACAGAUGAUUCUGCCAGUAAAAAGCAUUAUAAUUAUUCUGACGUCAGGCAGUAUGGCUAGUGCUUAGUUAGUGCAGGGAUAGAUAGAGUAUUCUAAACAGGGGAGAUGCAGGAGCUGUGCUGAAAAGCUCUGGCUUAGAUAAGAUAACAACCAAUGUUGGACUCUCACUCUCUGACCCUAAGGUACCUCUAUGGUGAACGUUUCACGAAUGUGCUGACACGUACUCCAAGGUUGAAAGAUUGGUUGUAAAUAUCUCAAAUAAGAUGCAUUGUCCAGAUGUUUGUCAUUCUCUCCACAUCUGUCAUUGUGUCGUUCCUCAUUACUCAGCUGGGGUUGUGUGGCAUAACCCAGUUUCACCCUUCAGCCUUAUUCACACUUUCUAACUGCCUUUGGUCAUAAAUCAUGUUGUUUGCGUUAAAAUGCGCCAGCUGCCUAGCUAGGUUGUAAAGUACAAGCCAUCAUCACGACUGAGGACACCUGCACAUGAACUACAUAGGCUGUCACUGUCACAGCAGCAGGUAUGACGAGUCUGGAAGCUCUCACUUGCGAAGUCUAAAGAAGUGUCACGAAGUCUCACAAAGUCUGACGAAUCAUCUGGCGCUGCUGCUAAUACAACCGGGGUGAAUGUGCUUCUAACAUGUUUAACAUAAUGACUUAAUCCUGGUCAGUACACUCAGCCAGUCCCGUGGCAAGGCCUGGUGAUGUCAUGACCAGCUUUCAAGGUUCACUAACUUACUUUCAGGCCAGUCCUUAUAAAGAGUGGACAUGGGUUUUCACCCAUAUUUUUAGCGCAGGACCAUAACAGCAGCAUCACAACAACAGCACAAUGGUGAAAGUGAACUAUUCCCAGGAUAUUUCUCAGCUAAUGCAUUGAUAAUUCGUUAUAAUGAUUAUAAUUAUAA